GCGAUGAACGCGAGCGUCUCUUCGCUCAACGACUCCCAGGUGGUGGCAGCGGCGGCCGAGGGUGCGGCGGCAGCGGCCACCGCAGCAGGAGCGCGGGACGCCGGUGAAUGGGGGCACCCGGCAGCCGCGGCGGCGGCGGCGCUGGGGAGCGGCGGCGCAGCUAAUGCGUCGCUGGAGUUGUCUUCGCAGCUGCCAGCGGGGCCGCCGGGGCUGCUGCUGUCCGCAGUGAAUCCAUGGGACGUACUGCUCUGCGUGUCUGGGACGGUGAUCGCAGGCGAAAAUGCCCUGGUAGUGGCGCUCAUCGCGUCUACCCCUGCGCUGCGCACGCCCAUGUUCGUGCUGGUGGGCAGCCUGGCCACCGCCGACCUGCUGGCGGGCUGCGGUCUCAUCCUGCACUUCGUGUUCCAAUACGUGGUGCCCUCAGAGACCGUGAGCCUGCUCACUGUGGGCUUCCUUGUGACCUCGUUCGCUGCCUCAGUCAGCAGCCUGCUGGCCAUCACGGUGGACCGCUACCUGUCCCUCUAUAACGCACUCACCUAUUACUCGCGACGGACCCUGUUGGGCGUGCACCUCCUUCUUGCUGCCACCUGGACGGUGUCCUUAGGCCUCGGGCUGCUGCCGGUGCUCGGCUGGAAUUGCCUGGCGGAGCGCGCCGCCUGCAGCGUGGUGCGCCCGCUGACGCGCAGCCAUGUGGCGCUGCUCUCUGCCACCUUCUUCGCGGUCUUCGGCAUCAUGCUGCACCUGUACGUGCGCAUCUGCCAGGUGGUCUGGCGGCACGCACACCAGAUCGCGCUGCAGCAGCACUGCCUGGCGCCGCCCCACCUUGCUGCCACCAGAAAAGGUGUGGGUACGCUGGCAGUGGUGCUGGGCACUUUCGGUGCCAGCUGGCUGCCCUUUGCCAUCUACUGCGUGGUAGGUAGCCACGAGGACCCAGAUGUCUACACCUACGCCACCCUGCUGCCCGCCACCUACAACUCUAUGAUCAAUCCUAUCAUCUAUGCCUUCCGCAACCAGGAGAUCCAACGCGCCCUGUGGCUCCUGUUUUGUGGCUGUUUCCAGUCCAAAGUGCCCUUCCGCUCCAGGUCCCCCAGUGAGGUCUGA